GAAAGAUUCCUUGCAAAGAAGACUUUUUUGACGAUAAUCCAGAUAUGCAGAUUAUUGUUCUUAAUAAUCCAUCAAGUGUUGGUUAUCUAGAACUUAAUAGUAACAAUCCAUUCGAUAAACCAAGACUGCAUCUAAACUAUUUCGAAAAAUCUGAUGAUUUAUAUAGAAUGAUCAGUUCACUUAAAUUAUGUCGUGAAGUACUUAAGCAGCCACCAUUGAGUACUGUUUAUAAUGUUAAGGAAGUUGGGAUAAAUGAUGAAUAUGGACAAUGGAGUACUAAUGGGGAUGAUAUUAGUGAUGAGGAUUGGGAAAAUGGAACAGUAAAAAUGGCACCAGAAUCUAAAGAUGGAGUAGUCAAUCAUCGACUUCAAGUUUAUGGUACUACAAAUCUUCGAGUUGUUGACGCAUCGAUAUUUCCUUAUAUUCCAAGCGGAAACACUAAUGCAGCCACUGCUAUGGUUGCUUGGAGAGCAAGUCGGUUAAUUAUUGAAGAUUAUAUGAAAAAAGUUAACUGA